CUGUCAACAUGUAAGAUGGCGACCCAUCACAGGCAGAAUGCUGCCGGCCGGAGGAAAGUGCAGGUGUCGUAUGUGAUCAGAGACGAAGUGGAGAAAUACAACCGUAAUGGAGUUAAUGCAUUGCAGCUGGAUCCAGCUCUUAACCGGCUCUUCACUGCUGGUCGCGACUCCAUCAUCCGGAUAUGGAGCGUCAACCAGCACAAGCAAGACCCAUACAUAGCAUCAAUGGAACAUCACACAGACUGGGUCAAUGACAUCGUCCUCUGCUGCAACGGAAAAACUUUGAUAUCUGCUUCAUCAGAUACCACUGUGAAAGUCUGGAAUGCACAUAAAGGUUUUUGUAUGUCAACACUGCGAACACAUAAGGAUUAUGUUAAAGCUUUAGCGUAUGCUAAAGAUAAAGAGCUGGUGGCUUCAGCAGGGCUGGACAGACAGAUCUUCUUGUGGGAUGUAAACACACUUACAGCACUGACUGCCUCCAAUAAUACUGUCACUACUUCGUCUCUCAGUGGAAACAAGGAUUCGAUCUACAGUCUGGCGAUGAAUCAGAUGGGCACAGUAAUAGUAUCCGGAUCUACUGAGAAGGUUUUAAGAGUGUGGGACCCCCGCACCUGUGCCAAACUCAUGAAGCUAAAAGGACACACGGACAACGUGAAGUCGCUACUGCUUAACAGAGAUGGCACUCAGUGCCUGUCGGGCAGUUCGGAUGGUACGAUUCGGCUGUGGUCGCUAGGACAGCAGAGGUGUAUAGCCACGUACCGUGUCCAUGAUGAGGGGGUGUGGGCGCUACAGGUGAAUGAAGCCUUUACACACGUCUACUCUGGAGGCCGGGACCGGAAGAUUUACUGCACAGACCUGCGCAAUCCGGACAUACGUGUCCUCAUUUGUGAAGAGAAGGCCCCUGUCCUAAAGAUGGAGCUCGACAGGUCAGCGGACCCACCGUCGGCCAUCUGGGUGUCCACCACAAAGUCCACCGUUAACAAAUGGUCUCUAAAGGGCAUCCACAAUUUCCGAGCAUCUGGCGAUUACGACAAUGACUGCAGUACUCCCCUGACACCUCUGUGCACACAGCCGGAUCAGGUUAUUAAAGGUGGAGCCAGUAUAAUUCAGUGCCACAUUCUCAACGAUAAGAGACACAUAGUCACCAAAGACACCAACACCAACAUCGCAUACUGGGAUGUGUUAAAGGCAUGUAAAGUUGAAGAUUUGGGAAAAAUCGAGUUUGAUGAGGAGAUCAAGAAACGGUUUAAGAUGGUUUACGUUCCUCACUGGUUUUCUGUCGAUCUUAAAACAGGGAUGCUGACUAUUACACUUGAUGAGAGCGAUUGCUUUGCCGCUUGGGUCUCGGCAAAGGAUGCUGGAUUUACCAGUCCAGAUGGCUCAGAUCCAAAAUGUGAUGAAUCUGGUGGACUGCUGCUCCAAGCUCUGUUGGAGUACUGGCCCAGGACGCACAGCAGUCCCAUGGAUGAGGAAACAGAACUGAACCACAUGAAUGGUGAGCAUGAGAACAGGAUACAGAAAGGAAACGGCUAUUUCCAAGUGCCACCACACACUCCUGUUAUUUUUGGUGAAGCCGGAGGAAGAACGUUGUUCAGGUUGCUCUGUAGAGACUCUGGAGGCGAGACCGAGUCCAUGCUGCUCAAUGAAACGGUUCCACAGUGGGUUAUUGACAUCACGGUGGAUAAAAACAUGCCAAAAUUCAACAAAAUCCCCUUCUACCUCCAGCCACAUUCUUCGUCUGGUGCCAAAACGUUGAAAAAGGAUCGUCUCUCAGCCAGUGACAUGCUCCAAGUGAGAAAAGUGAUGGAGCAUGUUUAUGAGAAAAUAAUUAACCUAGACAGCGAGUCUCAGACGAGCGGUUCAGCUGGAGAGAAGCCGAGUGAGCAGAAAGAGGAGGAGGACAUGGCAGUGUUGGCUGAAGAGAAGAUUGAGCUGCUCUGUCAGGAUCAGGUUCUCGAUCCUAACAUGGACCUGCGAACAGUAAAGCACUUCAUUUGGAAGAGUGGCGGUGACCUGACGCUUCACUACAGACAGAAGUCCACGUAAGGAAACGACUGUAGCUCUACACAUCUGUCCACCUUUUCCGUUCCAAAUCCUAUCCAUGGACUUUGAAACUCAUGCUCCCUCUGAUCUGGUGUGUAAUGUUCCAUGGAGUCUGACACACAAAAACACACUCUCACCUGUGAAUUUCACCAGAUCUUCACAGUCCCUAAGCGGAUCUGGAUCUGCCAGGUUUGAAGUAGGAAGAGGAGAACACCGGGAGAAGGGUGACAAAUAGAAAAACUGACAAAUAGAAAGGGUGGAGUGAAUAUUUUUUGGAAGCUUAAUAUUAUUAUUUAAUUGCUAUAUGAUUUCAUGCGUCACCAUGAUUUUUCUUGCCCCGUUUUGUGUGUAGUUUGUUUAGAUACGCACCAUGUUUGACGGCACGUUGCUGUGACGCGAAUGACCGACACCACAUAUUUUUUUGCUGUCUCAUAUACAUUCCACAGAUGUUGAUUUGCAAGCACCAUUUUAAUCCUUAUGUUAGAGCGAAAAAACCCUAAAUUAUAAUGAGUGAUCGGUUUUGUUGAUUGUAAAGGAGUGCAACUUUCGAAAUUUCAUGUACUUUAGGUUAGAAGUAUACAAAUAUCUUGAAACCAUGUUAAAAAAAGAUUCAUCUCUCUCAGUAAUGUUGUGUUGUUAUCAUUGAUGCCAUAAUUCUGUACAUAGAUUGUAAUUAUUUUGUAGGCAGUUUUACCUUUUGAGUUGCUUUUAUUUCCUUUUUUUUUAUUUUUUAAAUGUAAACCCGUUCUCUUCAAAAAGGUGCUUUUUAUGGUGUGAACUAUGCGAAAUAUGACAAAAGAGUCAGAAGGAGUAGGCUCAUGGUUUCUCGUGUGAUCCAGUCGCUGCUAUCACUCUGUCCAACCAGAAGAGGGCAGACAAAUACUGUAAAGAGAUUGGAGAAGAGAAAGAAACUAGUAAGUAAAAAAAAAACUGAUCAUAAAUAAUGAAUGGUAAUUAAAGGAUAUUUGGGUGACUGAUUUCUAUUUAUGCAAAAGAGAUUGGGCUUCGCAAACUCUCAAUCAAAGCUGAGAUUGCACAAUGUUCUAGAAAUGCAUUCUAUAUUUGGUUUGAGUUUGAAAGAAUAAAGAAAAAAAGAAAGAAA